CUGCCCUUUGGAAGUGCCAGGCAGCCCUUCACCCUUCCUGCGGUAUGACCACAGAGACAGACGUCCAGCAGGCAGGGGCCGGCCAUGGGCUAGGUCCUGAACCGUCCCCUCCCUCUCUCCCCCAGGCGUCUCACUCCCCCAGAGAGAGCGAGGGAGAGAGGGAGCGGGCGGCCGGCGGCGGCAGGAUGACGGGGAGCCCAGAGAACAUCCCGCUGGGGGAGUGCCCCCUGUCCCAGUCCCGGGACCAGCUGACGCCCCCAAGCCGCACCGAGAGCACCGUCUUCAGCCUGUCCCGGAGCGAGUCCCUGUGGACCACCGAGGCCAGCGGCCCGGGGAUCUACCAGGUCUACUGGUUCGCCAUCCACCUGAUGACCACGGGGGGCAGCUUCCUGGCCUGCGGCGUCAUCAUCAGUGGACUGUACUUUACGGGAUACCUCGACAAGGUGACCCGCAUCCUGGGCCCGGGCCUGCUGUCCAUCGGGCUGAUGGUGCUGGUGGUGGGCGUGGUCCUCAUCCCCAUCACCAAGAAGAACCGCAAGCAGCCGGUGCUCAAACGCCCACUCAGCUACUACAGGCCACCCCAGUUUAACGUUUGA